AUGGAUCAGCAGGGCACACUUCCCGAAGGUCUGUUGGCUGCAUUCCAGGCUCAUAUCGAUCAAGCUACCUCGUCUAUGGAUCCCAAGCAGCGCUGCAUGUAUAUGGCAGGGCAUUACGCAGGCAUAUACAUUGGAAAUGAUGACCGCGACGAGUUUUCGUCCGAACAAGCCAUCUCACAACUUGAAGAAUGCGUUCAGCUCAACGACGGCAUAUGUUCGGCUGACAUUGCUGAGCUUUUCGCCGACAUCUAUUUUGAGCGCUUGUCACGGCUCGGUAUGGAAGUGGAUGCAGAAAAAGUGGAGGAGAACCUGCGCAUCAUACUCGCCGAACGUCCGAACGAUCCAGAAAGCGUUUUCAAGCUCAUGAGGAUUCUUCAUGUGCGUUACAUGCGUACAUUCUCUCCGGCACGUAUUGAGGAAGCUCUAGACCUGGCCCAAGGCACAAUAACCGCACUGAGCGACGACCAUCCACAAUUGCCGCUUCUGCUAGGGGCAUGUGGUAUCUCUUUGCUUGAUCAGUCGGAAUCACGCAACUCUGUUGACAGCCUUCACAUGGCCAUUGAGCUCUUUCAUGCUGCUGAAGCCUUGUUUGGAGAUGGCCUCUCUCGCGACUGGGUCAUUGUCCGUGUGAAUCAUGCAGAAGCCCUCAGGCGUCGCUUCGAGGUUUUUGGAGAUCAGACGGAUCUCGACAAAGCUCUCGAUGUCUUCGAAGAUAUCGGUGAUGUCCUCCAAUUCCGGGCUCCAGACGCACUUGAAUUCGCUAUGGUACGCAUGCGGAUUCUCCACGCUCGAUGGCGACUUAAUCCGAACAGCCAAUCACUUCAGACCUUGAGAAAGGAAUACGCUGAGCUCCAGCCUGUGUUACUUCAAAACCAUCGGAGUCCUAUCGGCGCUGAUUUAAUGCAAGCAACAGGGAAAGCCUUGAACGAGACGUUCUUCAUGAGCGCAAGCAGAACCGGAUUAGGCUUCACUUCGGUACAAUCUGGAUUAGCCUUCGCUCAAAAAUUGCUCCGCGCUUGGGGUCAGCAUGGGGAAUCAACUCCAGGUUUGGCACCUUACCUCUUCGAGAUGGGUUUGGCAUACGAACAGCAGUAUUCCGCCUACUUCUCUCCUGAAGCCCUCGAAAAAGCCUGCGACAUACUUAUGCGAUGCUGUAGAUUGACUGAUCCACUGAGCGCUCCUUUUGGGUUUCGGACGGCACUCAUGGUGAGAACGUUGCGAAAGCUGGAGCGCAUUGCGGUAGGGCGAUAUCGCCCUCUGAUUCAGGAACUUGGUCGAAUAGCAAUCGGAUCGGCAGUAAUCCGUCCAUUGCCAAUGGCCAUUAAAGCCAAAGCUGCACUGGCAGAAGAACUAGCUGCGCUCGCCGUUGAGCUCUUCGAGCGUGACAAGGAUGUCUCCUACCUGGAUCGCGCCAUUUCCCACUUUGAGAAGGCAGUGGAGAUGUCCUCAACAGACACACAGGAGCUGGUGCAUUCACUUCAUGGUCUGGCGAAGACUUUACUGCGAAGAGGCAGGGAAAGGUCAGCGGCAGCAGCACAAGACUAUGAGGCAGCAGUGAAUGCACUGGAGAGGAUACAGGAAUUAGGGAGGCAAAAGACUUUCACCUUCAUCGACGGCUACGACACUCUGGGGGAGAUACGAGCAAAACAGUUCGAAAUCGAUUCGGAUGCCAAAUAUGCAAAUCAGGCCAUCGACGCGUGGAGAAUUGUGUACAAGAGCCCCAAUGUCAGCCCAGUGACGAAGUGGGCAGCAGCCGUCAACGUAUCUACCAUCCAGGAACGGAUUAUCCCAUUGAUCCACGGAGACCUCAAUGACGCAGCUGAAUCUCUAGCUGACAGCGUAGACGCUACUCUUGAGGUCAUCUCAGACUCUGAUACGCGUGCUGAGCAAAUCUGGAAGAUACGGAUUUUCGCCCCAUUAUCUUCUCAUGCCGUGAGCGUUGGACUGCUAGCGGGAAAACUGCCGGAAGCAAUGCUGAGGCUGCUUGAGCGCGGACGAGCUCUUGUCUGGAACCGUUUACUGAACAGAAAGGCAGACAUCUCAACUCUAAAAGAGAAACAUGGCGACCUGGCCGAACGUUUCUUGGAGCUGCAGAAAAUGCUUCCAAAGGAGAACGACGAAGUCAAGGCGCUCGAAGGAUUGACGUUCAAAGAAACAGUCGAGUCCAAUCGAUAUCAUAUCAGUGACGAGUACCACAAGCUCCUCCGCGAAAUUCGACAACAGCCAGGGUUUGAGGACUUCAUGCUCCCUUCUGGCUCUUCAGAGGAACUGAAAAGACAUGCUUCUGAGGGCCCAGUGGUUACCUUUGUCCACAGCAUAACCUGCCAUGCCAUUAUUCUCACCACGAGCCGCAUCGAGUCGAUACACUUACCGGAUUUUGACAGGGCCAAUUGCGUGGGCCGGCUUGGUGACUUCGACGAGUUUCUUAGAGUACGAGAACGCGACCCAGCUAGGGCGACGGAGAUCAUCGAAGGCAUUUUGACCUGGCUUUGGACCGCUGCUGCUGAGCCUGUCAUCGACUUUAUCUACAAAGAGCUUGGCUUUGAUCGCAAAUCUCCGCCGGCAGAGCUACCGAGAAUUUGGUGGGUAUGCAGUGGGUGGAUUAACUCCUUGUCUAUUCAUGCUGCAGGAGACCAUCGACGAGCAAUUGCCACGGGCGAGCCUUGCACUGUCAUGGACACGGCUGUAUCCUCCUACACUCCCACGCUUCAAGUCUUGGAAUACACUCGCCGUACGAUGGACCGGAUGACUUCGACUCCUCCUGAGAAGCCAUCAGCCGUUCUCGUAGGCAUGAAAUUCACUCCAGACAAAUCGCCCGAUCUGGACGCCGCUGCUACUGAAAUCAAAGCCGUCUCCAACAUCCUUUCCCAACUUUCCUACACGGUCGCAACACUCGGCAAUCCCUCCUCGAUAUUCAUGACCCUCGCCACCCGCAAAGCUGUCGUCACCGCCCUCCGCACCUGCACAAUCGCCCUCUUCGCCUGCCACGGCGAAGCCUCAGAAGAAGACCCUCUGAAAUCCCUCCUCUGCCUUCAAGACUGGCGCAAACGCCCCUUCGAUGUCGGUAUCCUCAUGCGCAUGGAUUUCGACAACUGCCAGCUCGUCAACCUUUCCGCGUGCGACGUGGCGGUAAACCGGGAUAUGUUGCUUAAGGAACAGGGAUUACACAUCAGCGGGGCAUUUCAGAUGGCGGGUGUGCCGAAUACGAUUGCGACUUGGUGGCCUGUUCUGGAUUCGCAAGCUACGAGGGUUUCGGAGGGCUUUUACAAAGGAUUGUUGAGUGAUAGUGGUGGGUUGGAUGUGAGGAAGUCUGCGAGGUCGCUGUGGAGAGUUCUGCGUGAAAUGAGGGAUGACGGGCUAAGUGCUAGGGUUUGGGGCGCUUAUUCUCACUUUGGCGUUUGA